AUGGCUAACGUUGGUGACCUCCCCCCCCGUCUGAACCAAGUUCCUUUUCCUAUACGCAAAGACUAUUUCUCGGUCUUAUACCAGCAGUACAAGUUUGUUUUGGACGGGCCCAGUUUGAUAAAGAAAGGCUAUGAGCAAUUCGCAAAUGGCUUGUUCGAGAUCCCACGGACAUUCCGCUUUGGUCAGGUCAUAUUGUGCCAGUCGGAGUUGAUUGAAGAGCUAAGAAGUAAACGGAGUACUCUUGUAUCCCCCGAGCCGUGGGUUGAUCAGCUCCUCCAAGUCUCUCAUGUUAUGCCUGGCUAUUUCCCCAAGGGAAGGGGAUGGCCGAAAAUCGCUAAAACUACGCCUGGUUUGAUUCGUGCCACGGUUUACAAGCACUUGCAUCGGUAUAUGCCCGCUAUGAACCAGGCAAUUAUCUCGCAGCUGCAGACCCUAGACUUCAAAGAUGGGGAAUUCAACAUCGGCUGUUUUGAUCUAGCAUACUCGAUCGUCGCCCGCAGUGGCAGUUUUGCUCUCGUUGGUUCGCGGCUUUCUCAGAAUGAGGAAUAUCUUGAAGCUGCCAAGGACCACAUCCUUGGGAUGAUAGUGACCGCCCGUCUAUAUUGGGGGUUCAUCGGUCGCCUCGCCACUCUUGGGACUGGUUGGGAUAUGCACGCCUCGCGUAAGAUUAUGCUUAGGCACUUCGAUGCACGUGCAGCAGAAUAUCACGCCGAGAUAUUCACGGGCAAUGGACCUAGUGAGACUAAUCUCGAUGACACGGACAAUCCGGUUGAAAUCUUCCAAUGGCUGUAUGAGAGCAGUGUUCUGCGGGAGCGAUGGACAUAUUCAGAGGUUAUAGGUGAAAUGUUGCUUCUGCAAUUUGCCUUUAUAUACACCACGUCCUAUGCACUCUACGGCGCCCUGGUUGAGCUAGCUCGACGACCCGAGUAUAUCGCACCCCUGCGCGAGGAAAUUGAUCUGAUUUUCUCUGAAAUGGGUCCAACCGUCCCAGCCUGUGAUGGCAUGGUUUUGAUGGAUAGCUUCUUGAAAGAGUGCCAGCGGCUACAUCCGCCUUCAGCACUCUCUGCCCAUCGGGUCUGUAUUAGUGACCUCAACCUUUCUAACGGUUUGUUCGCCCACACACACAUUACUAGGCCACCUAGGAAAUACCGAACUAAUCAAAUGUGGAAUGGAACAGGUGUCACACUCAAGCAGGGUUCCCACGUUGCCGUCCCAAGUGGAAUUAUCCAACGAUCCAGCGAGCACUAUGCGAACCCCGACGCAUUCGACGGUUUCCGGUUCGUCAAGCGUGCAGCAGCUGGAGCCAAGGACUCCCGGCUGGUGGACCUGAGCCCUGACUAUUUGGUUUUUGGAAUGGGCGCACAUGCCUGCCCUGGACGAUGGAUGGCUAGCGCGUUGAUGAAGCUCGUCUUCGCGCAUAUUCUGAACCAGUAUGACAUACUCCUGCCUAAUUCAGCCUCUGCCCCCUUGACUGGCUCCCUUUCAUUCGAGGAGUUUUAUGUGCCCAACUUCGGGCUGAAGAUUGCUCUGCGCCAGCGUUAG